CCCUAUUUCUCUCCGUGCGGCAGAUUUCCGUGGCGAUUUAAACCACUUCCCCUCUUCCUCUCCGAUUCCGCUACCCCUCGAAUACGAUCGAGCGACCGCCUGCGCUUCGUCCUCCGGUAGCUUCUCCGCGCCUCCGCCUCUCUUCCUCCCUCCACCAUGGCGUCCUUGUUUAGGGCUCGCCGCGAGGCGCCGGAGGAGGGUGGAUCGGGCGGGAAGAUCCUCCGCGACCGGCGAGGAGGCCGGGAGGCGCAGCCUUCCCCCUACGCGCGCCCUCCCCCGCUCGCCCUCCCGCCGCCUCCACCUCCUGCCGGGAGCCCUAGGUGGCUUCUCGGCCUCGUCUCCGGGGCCGGGAAGCUCAUCUCAUCCGCGUUCCGCUCCGACGGAAGCUCCCCCGACUCUUCCGCGUCAUCUUCUUCCUCCUCUACUAACUACAGCCCUCGAUCCGAUGAAGAGGGGAAUGUUGAUGCACCUAAAAUGCUUACUGGACCCAAACAAGGUUUGGAUAAUUCAGAUGUGAUUGCUGACUACGUGGAGGGAUCACGUGCUAUUGUUCCAAUAAGUGAAACCAAACUUGCUAUUCAGAAGUUGCUCUCACAGGAGACUUUCUCAAGGGAUGAAUGUGAAAGAUUAACUAAGUUAUUACAAUCUCGAGUGGUUGAUUCACCAUCAGCAAAUAGGGUUCUUGGCAACAUUGUUCAUUCUCCUCAACCUUGGCUAUCUUCGAAGCAGAGUCCUAACUUAAUUGGAUCCGUUCCAUACUCUCCUGGUGAUUCUUCUCCCAAGACACCGGCCUUUGGUGCAUCUGUUGUCCACAACGCGGCUAUUAUGGAAGCUAAGAAAUGGCUGGAGGAGAAGAAGCUAACAUCGAAGUCCAAGGUUGAUCUUGCUGUAGAACCUUGCACUUUGAAUACCAAUAUGCUUCAUUGUGAUGCUCAUGAUGAUGUAUCACCAGUGGAUUUGGCGAAAUCAUAUAUGCAAUCCCUUCCUCCUUGUCAGUCUCCGAGCUUUGAUACUAGUACUCUGAAAUCUACUAUGGAUAGCAGGGUGAAUCUUUUCCCUGAUCGGAGCAACCAGGCAACAAGUACCAAUUCUUUGUCAUCAUUCAAGGAAUUUAAGAGAAAGUAUCUCUCUGCCAGAUUGUGGGAAAGCCCAGACGAUACUAGUAAUAAGAAACCCCGUUUGGCAGAUACUUGGCUGGAGAGUUGUUCCUUCAAACAAAUUGAUUCCCGGGAAUUAUUUCAAAGAAAAACUUCAAAGAUCUCAUCAGCAGCAAAUGAGAGGGAUCAUGACUUUUUAAGAACAAUGCAAUUUUCAUCUUCUUUAUCAUCUAUGGAGAAUGUCAGUGCUCCUGCGAAGUCAUUAACUGAGCAUGUUGAAAAUUUUUGUUCCAAGGACGUUCGUAACUUAGUUGAUAAAACUUACUCUGCCAACCCGUCUACACUACCACUCACAGAUAAAUCCACCUCCACUACCUUUACAUCAGAACCCAAGAAAAUACUUAAGGAAGUGGUGGCACCAAAGGAAAUUGCAUUGUCAAUGCCAACUGUGAACACUUUAGAUUCCACUGUAUCAGAUGGACCUACAGGGACUAACUUGUAUAUUUACUUGGAUGCAAAUCAGGAUGUCAGCAACUUGUCAACUGUGCAAGAAGAGAUUGUUGAGAAUAAUGUUCCUCGUGAAUCUUUCAUUUCAGCUUCAACAUCAAUGGUGCCUGGCGGAGAUUCCAGAUACCCCACGCCUCAUAUUGAAAAAGUAAUUGAGACACCAGAUCGUGACGUUGAUGAUGCUACAUAUCUCAAGAAUAUGGUUCAUGCUUCUAGCGCAAAUAAAACUACUUCUGGGGUAAUCAAGGCCAAUAAUUCUACAGAAUUGAACCUAGAUUCAGAAUCAAACCUGCACGACAUGGUUACUUGUUCACUGCAUGGAAUAGAUGGAUUGGCAAAUGAAUUCAACACCAAUGGUGGGUCCUCGGAGUCAAAUCCCAAUCCACAACCUGUGUGCCAGGUAAACGAGAGUGCUACCCAAUGUAGCAAUGGCGACCAAACUGCAAUCACAACUGAAGCAACAAUUUACGUGCCUCCAACUGUCAAUCCACCAGUCGCCCAAGAAACGGACAACACUGCAACUAAAUCGCAGAACGGCACAACAUUCAAGUCAAUCGAGCAUAUUCUGAUUGAACCUCAGCCAAGCAGUAGAAACCCAAAGAAAAGAGCAAUAGUUAAAGUAGGAAGAGGAAGAGGAAGAGGAAGAGGGCGUGGAAGAGGACCCAAGUGAUGGUCACCUAUAUCCCGGUCAGUGUAUUUGACAGGAACAAAACAAAUGUUCCAGCUAUUUGAUGUCCGGUUCUAUGUUCAGUGGAUCGUAUGCUGGCCAGUGUACACUAGGUAUUAUUACUGAAGUUAGGACUCAUCUAGAUGUUUAGCUUCAUUUUAUCGGCAUCCAUUUCAUAAGUCGGUGCCUAUUUCUCAUGUUGUGUGUUUGUAUCAUCCUUUUGGUUUUGUAAUCUCGGUGCGACAUAGGAUUGUCGCCAAAUCUCAUGUAGUGUAGCUGAAAAUGUUUCUGUGAAAUUUCACGAUCAGUUGCCUGUUAAACAUUAGAGGAUUGUGAAUGCUGCGCAUCUCAUAAAACACAAUUCCAUUGAAUUAAUGAUUAUGUACUUAUGUUGAAAUGUAACACUCUUUCUUGUA